UCCUAAUUUUAUUUUUCACUAUUACAUAUAUUUUUUCUUAAACUUUUAUCUAUAUUUUUAAUUUAAUUUUUCAUGUCGGCCACUAUUUUUUCUCAAUUCUCUGUAAAAUAUAAAGUAAUAUUACUUGCCCCUUUUUACCGAGGGAGUAUAAAAGCCACAAUUGUUUAAUCACGAAGAUCACAAAGGCCAUAAUUUCCCGAGCUAACUCUCUCUUCGACACAAAGAACUGCUCAGCAAUGGCAACCAAUGAGGCUACUAAACCUGUUUCCGAAGAAGCUAAAAUGGAUCUAUUUGAAGACGAUGAUGAGUUCGAGGAGUUCGAAAUCGAUCUUGAGUGGGAUAGCAAGGAAGAAGGAAAGGAGGUGACACAACAAUGGGAAGAUGACUGGGAUGAUGAUGAUGUCAACGACGACUUUUCUCUACAAUUAAGGAGGGAACUUGAGAGUAAUGCUGCUGGAAAGAAAUGAGUGGAGUCCAUAAUCUCAUCAUGGCUGCUGGUUAUUGUCAUAUAUGCCAAUCCUAUUAUCUACUUGUUAAAUCCUUGUAGUUAGUUUUUCAAAGUAUCUGAACAAAGACUUGAUUACAAAAGAAGAGAAAUUUCAUUAGUUGAUAUUAAUGGAGUGGAGAACUAGUGGUUGUGGUUACUCUCUAAAUGGUAUGUUGUGAACAUGUUUCUUGUAAACAUGAAUAGACCAUUAUGCUUUCUUGAA